AUGGGUUUUUGCUCUGAUAGCGAAGAUAUUAAUUCAGUAUGUCAUACUGCCCUACAUGGACCUAUAGAACGGAAUAUCAUUAAUUUACAUUAUAUUGGACGCCUUGAGAUUGGUACUGAAACUAUAAUAGAUAAAAGCAAAAGUGUAAAGACCUUUCUUAUGACGUUAUUUGCUAAAGAAGGGGCUACUGAUGUAGAAGGGAUUGGUUCUACCAAUGCUUGCUAUGGAGGUACAGCAGCUCUUUUCAAUGCAAUGAACUGGGUUGAGUCAUCCUCUUGGGAUGGUAGAAAAGCAAUUGUGAUAGCAGGUGAUAUAGCAGUGUAUGGAAAAGGACCUGCUAGACCAACAGGAAGUGCUGGAGCUGUUGCAAUGUUAAUAGGACCAGAUGCACCAUUGGUUUUUGAUUGUGGUGUUCGUAACAUAUUUCAAUCGAGAUGUAGAGAAAGCAUUUAUGACAUACAAUCAAAGUUUAUUUGA